AUGAAAAUUAUUUACUCCUCUCUUGUUUUGAUGCUCGUGCUUCAUGAGUCUCAUGAGGUCCUGCACACGCGUGAGAUCUCCUUCGUCAGAGCUUACAGCUACAUUGUGGUGAACAAUCAAAAAACUGAUGUUUGUUUUGAUACAGCUAUGAGCAUUUUGAAGAAACUGAAGGCUGUCUCCGUUGGUGAUUGCAUCUACAAAUGUCUGAAGGCAACGAACAUGAAUUUGAAAGGAAUUAAUUUUGUGAGGUCUGGUGAAUCUUGUUCAUGUGUGCCCAAAAUGAACGUUUUAUACAACCGCUCCUCAAUGAAUUUUGAAAACAGAUGGGUCUUGAGAUCCACUCUGAACUUCGCAAGUGAUGGAGAAGUAGUCAGAGAAGUAGGUAGAGAGUUCCAGAGAAAAGGACCAGAAAAAGCAAAAGGAGAUUUGGCAAACGAGUGUUUAACACGAGUUAAGAAGAAGCGACAAGAAGAAGACGAUCGUAAACCGGGGCGUUUAGAGCCAAUCUACUUGAACGUUUCGUCGUGGGGUUACAACGACGUCAAUAAAAAAGCACCGGAUUCGAGUUUGAUCGACAUCACAGGAAUGCGUGGAUAUCUUCUGAGCACUAACUCAAGAGGGGAGAACGUGUACAAGCUGAACAUGGAAGACGCUUCGUUGUAUGAUUUCAAAAGAGUCUCAAUUGAGUUCGAAAAGUUAAUAUGUAUUGUACAUUUUGCAUUUAUUUAA